AUCCAUGUACGAUAGUUAGGUACAUUGUCAAUUGACUAGUUCACUAACACAAAGCUGAGUUCGCAAUCCAGUUAUCUUUACAAAAUUUCCCAGAGUACACAGUAAUAUGCGAAUGUUUUCGCACCCCUUCCCUGACCACCCAAGCCCCCCACAUAUUUUGGAGCCCUUGCGUGAUGAAUGGUUGUCCAUUCGUAAGCUUUGAGCACGGUCGGCCUUGCGGACCGUCGGACUGCAUCAAAAAGGUAACAGCAACCCAAGUCCCACAUCAGGCUGUGUGGUCACGUCGCCGAACCUAAAAAGGAGAGUACUAGUGCUAGUGUGUUUGUUUGUUGGAAAUCCCCAUGUGUCAACUUCUUGACAACCAGAAAAUUGGCCAUGCGCAACGUGUGCAAGUGGGGAAUUAAACUAAAUGUUCCAGCUCUUAUGACCUACGAAGGGCAUAAACCAGCCGCAUUGUCUAAUCACAAUCGUACGACUCGUCCCGAGUUCAUACCGACAAGCAGCUACUGGAACGACUCCAGCAAAGGGAUUAGUUGCACCAGGCACAUUCAUGGCAGAAACACUUUCUCUGAUAUCGUUCGCGGGCACAAGUCCCGCGAGGAUCGCCGCUGAGGUUGAAA